CGCGGUGCGGGGGAAGGACAACACACUAAGCACACAGAAAUGCAGUCCGCAAGAAAUAACACACUACCACUAGAGCACAAGGCACUGUUAUACAGAAAAAUCACGUAAUAAAUUACUUCUGAAUAUCUAGUGUGCAACACUGCUGUAUUUGAUUAGAAUUGUAUAAACAUUCAUACGGGCAAAAGCUACACAAUUCCUUCAAUUUCUAGAAAUUCAGCCCAUUAAAUUCCAGCAAAAAGUGAAGGACUAAUCCUAGCAACUUUUCUCAGAUGUUUCCUCAUCUUAUAACCACACCUGACAUUUGUCCUGCAUCCACCUAGAAUUUGUCUAAAAUCAAGUGAGGCUUCGAAAUAAUCCCUGAAAAUGUAUUCUCGCAGCUUGUCUUUCUCUCAGAACUUAGUUUGAAGUCUAAAUAACCGUUCCUCCCAGCCAGCCAGCAAACAUUUUAUCUUAUAUAGAGCCCUGCCUCUCUCCGCGUUUCUCUUGCCUUCUCUGUACUGGAAAUCUAAAUUCAUAAAAAUGUGUCUGUUUUUUCUAUUCCCCUUUCCACAAUGUUAUCCCUCCCUCUUAUAUUCCUCUCGUCCCUCCACUGUAUCUCACCCACCUCCCUUUCCCUUAUCUCGCACCUCUCACCCUGGCUCUCCGUAUUCCCACUUCUCCCUGAAUUCCCUCCCUGGCCAUUUAACAUCAACGGCGAUCUGGAUAUUCGACCCCCUUCGCCAACUCACGACCAAGCCACACCGACUCGCGUGGUGAAUAUUGUUCAAACAACCCCCGUGACUGGCAUCACGGAGGAAGGUCUUCAUCCCUCAUUGCAUUUACAGAGGAAUGUACAUCAUGAUUAUUAUAUGGACCUGUGGGCUGUGGUGAACAACGCGGGCAUCACACAUCUGGGUGAGGUGGAGAUGUGCAACAUGAACACGUACCAGCGAGUGGCCAACGUGAACCUGUGGGGCACCAUCCGCACAACGAUGGCCUUCCUGCCACUCGUAAAGGCCAGCAAAGGACGGAUCGUGAACAUGUCCAGCAUAUCGGCCCAUCUCCACACAUCUUUCAACAGUGCCUACUGUGUUACCAAGAGUGGCGUGGAUGCUUUCUCCAACUGCCUGCGCGUAGAAAUGAAAAAGUGGGACGUGAAGGUUGUACUCAUAGAGCCAGGAACCUUCAUUUCCCACACAAAUAUCAUGCAGAACCAGGACACCAAGAGCAUUUACAGGAGCCUCACCGAGAGCCAGAAGACACAGUUCACCACGGAGUACAUUGACACCUACAUGAAAGCAUCGCAGUCCUUCCGCAAAAUCGAGUGCAAGAACCCUGGUCUGGUGAUUGACGCAAUCGUGGAGGCACUGACAGCUAGCAAACCUGACACGUGCUACCUGGUGUGCUCGUUUAUCGAGAGAGUCAUUGUGUUCCUGCUGAGGAACCUGCCCACUGCAUGGACAGAUAUCAUAUUCACGAGCACGUUGAACGAGAGAAAGCGAAGGAGCAUCCUGGCACGCAAUUGCAUGCUCAAAAGCGAAGGCGCGCUCUCGACUGCAUCAAAGCACUAGGGAAUUGGGAGCACGUCGUGAGGCCUCACAGUCUCAUGGGAAAGCGGUUUCCUUUUGCCUCGUGAGUGUAAUUACACAGAGAUAUUUUGAAUGACCAAUAUGUUUCAAAUAUAUAGAAAUACUCAUAAAAUUACACAUUAUUGCAAUGCGUGAGAUUUGUGGCUUUGAGAUUUUUGGCAGCUGCAUUACCUACAGAAAUAUCCAAAGUGCAUAUUUUAUUUAAGGGUAGCUAUAUUUUUAACGCAAUAUCCAUCACAUGCUGUUGAGAGUAAAGGAAGAUCUCGCUUAGUGUGACCCCAUAGAACGCUGAUUCGUUAUAGCACUCUUUGUCGUGGAUAAAAAAAUUUACUCAAAAAAUUGUAAUCAAACUUUCUUAACAGUUUAACACGUAGGCUUUCGCGACCAAUGUUAUUCAUAAUCAACGUUUUUGGGUUUAGAUCGCGUUAUUUAUAAAUGUGUCGUAACCCUCCACCACCCGACACGGCCAAUCAGUAAAAAAGUGUCACGUUGACAAAAGACAAAUAGUUCACUGCUUUAGCCCACCGGUGUGUUGAAGCGUGAAACCACAACAUUUACAAUUUGAGUACGACGUUUCGCUGGUAAUUGCAUCCAACAUCAUCGGGCAAUUCGCCAGAAUGGUGAGGCUCUGCUGUGUCUCCCGUUCUUAUAUAGAGCAGCACCUACGAUUGAGACUAUGCAGCAGCCCUGGCCAAGGAAACGUAUCCUCUGCCAUCGUUCGCUCAGCCAAUGGACAACGUAAGCCGAGCCAACCAGAUCCCACCCCCACGAUUAAAUUAUCGCGAUCGUAUUCACGAUGACAUUUCAAAAACAUCGAUUUGUUUAGCCAGAUGAGAACUCACGAGACAAGGAUAGUCUUGGGCUCCACCUAAAAGAAACCUCGCCAAACUAAAUUUAGACUGAGGGCAUCACUAAGAUCACAGAGGUCCUGGAGCUCUUCGCUGGAUUGGGAGUGCAGUCGGUCCGCCAAACUCAUUUCCCACUGCUGCCUUGUAGGAUUACUGUAGAAUUCACUCAUGAGUACUGUUCAUACUACUCAUAUUAUUGUCAUAAAGUAUUAUUUUAUUUAUAAAAUGUUAACCAUCUCUAUUAGCGAUAUCAUCAACACUCCAAUUAAGCUCCUAUAUUUCUAAAAAAAAAAAACGCUGUCAAGAAAUACAUUAAAGUAGCGCCCACUUCUCCAGGAACGGAUCUUGAGCACUAAGCGAGGUCUGCCUGGAAAAUUGGAAUUUAAAAUAAGCAGCUAUCAUGUUUUGAAGUGCUUGCCUCUUUAUUUAGAUGUUUCAUAUGCAUGUACACUCCUUAAUUGUAAGAUGCUACUUAAGCCAAUUUUAACGCAAAUUUUCACAUUCAAUGUUUUCUGUAGUACUUUUGUUCAUUGAAAAUUAAACACUUUUAUUACUUUACCAUAAUAAAAAAAAAGCUAUGA